GCAGCACCCGUGAACAAUAUAUGCAGCAUUUUUUAAUACAGAAACUUCUGAAGCGUCAAUGUUUUGUUUUCACCCCUAGCAACAAAGCCUUUGAAUGUACAACCCUAACAGAAAGCCGCCAGAUCCAGGUCGUUCCCCCCAGCUGUACGGAGCUCCAUCUACUCCUGUAAACAAGAAGAUGAAAAUGUGCUUGUCUCCAUUCGGUGCAGUUGUUCUGCUUGCAGUGUCCGGUGUUGUUGAAGGUGGUGGGUCGUACGGGCAAUUUUGUUCCGACAAACACGCCUGUGAGAACGGAGGAACAUGUGACCCCACCGGCAGCAGCGACAGCGGCAGCUGCACGUGCCCAACAGGAUACACUGGUGACAGGUGUCAAAAAAGGUAA